AGUUGCAGGUCUCUACAUCUUCUUCGUGUUGUGCUCUGUUCAUUGGACUAAACCAAUUUUUCGUGUGUAGUUGUACAGCUUCGAACCGUUUCGGUCUCGCUCCUUGAACUUGGACUUGUUCGAAGAUGUUGCGCGGUGGCGGUCCACCGCUGGCGCUCGGCGGCAGUCAUUAUCCCGGCGGGCCGGGAACUACCGGACCUUCCGGAUCGACGUCGUCCUAUCCUGCUCCGCUGGGAGCCGCUGCUCCCCGGAUGCAGCUUCAGAUGCAGCAGCCGUUUCCCUUCGGAGCGGUUCCGGGACCAACCGCUGCCAUGCAGCCGGUGCAGCAGCUGCAGAUGCCAAUGACGCGUUUCAUGGGUGGGUCGUUUGGGACCGUUGGUGCUCCCGCGGGAGGCUUGCCCCGCUCAGGCACCUCCUCCUCGACUUCGUCUACCGCACCCCCCGCCCAGCAGCAGUUUUUCCAACCGACAAACGCGUCGAAUUACGGGCCUCAUCCAGUGGGGGCACCAGCAGCAUCACAGCAGCGGUCCGCAAAUCUUACUGUUGGAGGUGUGCAGCAGCAGUGGGGGCAACCCCUCACGGCGGGCAACACGACGGCCAAAGUAGCGGCUCCUGGUGCAGCAACGACGUCCAGCUCUGGUGGCGCGGCGAGUGCAAAUGGCGGUGUGGCGCGGUCGUCUGCGGGAGUUGGAGGUGGAGCGCCACCGACGCGACCGACGGUCGGCACAGCGCCUGCCUCCUCGUCAACUUCUAACAAGUUUGCAACUGUCAACACUGGUGCUGGCAGUCAACAAAGUCAAGGUUCUCACGGACAGCUGCAGCAACAGAGCCGCGGCUCCAACCUGGGUAACAGUGCCACAACGGGGCUUGCUCCUCAACAUCUUGCUGCUGCACAGACGGGACCAGGAGGGGGCGCAGCAGGAUCAUCUGCUUCCUCGUCUUCUACCGGCAGCCACAAGCUUGUUUCCGCGUCCGGAGCAGCGGAACAAGGAACCAGCCUGUCGCGGAUUCAGGUUCUGAGCCGGCUGACAAAGGAAUCCGAGGAGACCAUGCGGAUGAGCGAGUUAAUCGAGCACCUAGCCUGUGUGGAAAGCGUGAUUUACCAGGCCCUGGAAGUUUUGAAGCAGAACCAGCCCCACUUCAGCUUCUUCGUCCGCGAGUACUUUCGUUCCUCCUGUUGUCUAUCGCACAUACCGCUCGAGCACUACCACACCGGGGACAGACAAAAGCGACAACUGCACUGGGCCCAGAUCCUGGAGAGCUGCGGCAUGUCACUCGCAGGGUACUAGAGAAGUUCUAUUGGAGCUACUGUUCCCACUCUUUUGUUAUUUUAUUAGUUUUUUAGGUAGCUCCUAAUCCGAAACCGAUACCGAAGAAGCUUGCUCUACAUUUUUUUUUUGGCUGCAAAAAUAUUGAAAAUUUCGAUAAAGCUGAUCUGCGCAAGAACAUCCCAGGAUUCUGUGUGGGGAGGACGCCACGGAGCUGCACACCGGGGUGCGCACCCGGGUGCGGAACAUGAUGUACUACCUGCACGAAAAUUGUUUGGUGCUCCUGGACCUGGUUUGCCAGACCUUUCUGUCGGAGAUGGACACGCAGAACGGCACGAAGCUGAACCGGAUCGAGCUGCUCAACAUUGACCUGCUGAUCCGCGUGAAACGGUACCGGCGCAUGCGCAAGGGCGACCACCACCACGCACUGCGGCAGCACAACGAGAUGAUCACCAGCAGUUUGAAACAAAUGAUCCGAGCGGCGCAGGACCCCAGCAAGCGCCCGCGGAGCAAGGAGAACGGAACUUCUGCCUCCGGGAGCAAGAACAACGGCGCAGCUGCGGCCGCUCCAGCGCGCCCGAGGAACACCUUGGACGUCAUUUGGGACAUGCUGCAGGCCCGGAGUCCCGACCAGAAGAAGUGCAAGAUGAUCAAGCAAAAACUACGGGAGCUCACGCGGUUCGCGCCCAUUCAGAGGACCAACGAACACGGCGAGGAAUUGCUUGACGUGUACGACCGCAGCAACACGCACCUGGACCCCCCGAACGUGGAGCCAAGUACGAGAAAUUUCUAGUGAGAAAGAAAGAUGAGCAGUGUCCCUGUCAUGAUAUGAACGACGUUGUUGAAGAUGCACCUUCUUCGCGACCAGGUGGCACGUAGUUAUGUGAAAUCAGAAUAACUUUCGUGCACAGUUUGUUGUUUGUGAAGUGUCUUCAUUUAUUUAUAGAUUAGUAUAUGUUCGUGCAGUAUGUACCAUAGCCAGAGGAUGUGUAAACCAAAAUCACAACAGCGGAGGGCGCAUCAGUCGUGCCGUUCGAUGUUUUGCCGCCGAUGCUGCCGAAUUACGCAAACUCUCCGUAUCUGCCCGCAGUCGCCGACAACCAAUUCUUUUACACCAUAGUGCUGGACCUCGACGAAACCCUAGUGCACUAUUUCGAGGACCCCAAUUCAGGUGAGUAGAUCGAAGGCUUUUUGUAAGAUUGAUAGAUGUUUCUGAACUCAAACCAAAGUGGCAGAAGUCCAUGUCGUGCUAGUGCCUGCUACUGUUUUGCACCUUACUGUUGAUGUAAUCCACGUUAGGUGGCUACUACGACAUGCGCCCCGGGUGCGUGGAUUUUCUGAGCAAGCUGCGCCAGAUUGGUUGCGAGGUCGUUGUUUGGACGGCCGCCACGAUGGACUAUGCGGACUGGGUGCUGGACCAAAUCGAUCCUGAUAAUAACCUGAUUCACCACCGCCUGUACCGGCAGCACGCGGUCCCCUGGGGCCCGCUUUUCAUCAAGGAUCUCGCGAAAUUGGGAAGUACUUUUGAAAUAAUGAAUGUGGGUUUGAAGAUAUCUUUAGAGUCAUAGGGGCAGUUGGAGUUGUAGUUCGACGGUUCCUCUCUCUACCACGUAGACGUACCUGGCUGCCGUACUGCCCGUUCCUGGAAAUAGAGGACCGAGUUUCUUGUAUUGUACAGCGUUGUACUAGUGGCCCUCUGAGUCCGAUAGCAGGUCGUAACGUGAAAAAACUUGAAUCAGACUUCGUGCUUGGUUUUGCAUGAAAUAAAAAACCGUUCUUCAGGACCGCUUGAUCGGACCAUGAUUAUCGACAACGUGGCCGAGAUAUGAAUUGCAAAUAUGUCUGGGUCUGGGAGAUUGCGAGACUUGUCUUGCCAGUCUGGCAUGACUCUGAGCUUUGUAUUGCGCGGCCGCAAAGAGCUCCUCUUGCCUGUCAUGCAAGAACGCAGUUUCUCAUGCGGAGUACGCAACUCAGAACCACGGAAAAACUUGUCAUGCUUGGCAGCGCAUCAGAGUGCGCUCACUAUUUCCUUUUCUUGCAUCACAAAUCUCCAGACCCAGACAUAUUUGCAUUUGAUACGAGAAUUUUAUGUUGCAGCCCGACAAUGGAAUUUUCAUCCACGCCUGGUUUAUCAAAUGUAAAAGUGUCUGCGUCUGGAAGAUUGCGAGAUUUGUCAUGCUGAUCUGGCAUGGCCCUUAAAUCUGUAUUGCGUGGCCACAAACAGCCUCUCUCGCCUGUCGUGAAAAAGCGCAGUUUCUCAUGCGGAAUACGCAGCACAGAAGCACGAAUCAACUUGUCAUGCUUGGCGGCGCAUUACAGCGCAUUUGUUUAUUGACUGACUUGCAUCACAAGUUUCCAGACCCAGACAUUUUUGCAUUUCAUAUGGUUCGAGGACCCGAACGACCUGGCGCUGCUGGAUCUGCAGCCCCUGCUGGAGGAGCUGGUUGCCUCCCGCGUGACCGUCCCCUUUUUGCUCGACAAGUACAAGCUCGCCAUCCCCCACUGGGCGGGGCACGUGAUGGCGGAAGACAAUUUUUACGGGGAAGCAGGCGGGGAUGGCCAAAAUGGAACGCAGGAAGCAGGGGACAGACAACCUAUUCAGGGCAACGUCGACCAUGUAGAAGUAGUACAGCAACCACCUCCACCUCCGCAGGAAGUUGUUGCGGCAGAGCAGCAGCAGCAGCGGGCUGCCGGUUCGCAGCCGAAGGCGGCGCCCUCGUUCGGGCCCUACAGCGGUGCCUUCCAGGUGCAGCGGCCGGGCGGAGUACAGAGCAACGCACGGCAGAACGGCGUCGUGCCCACCACGACCACCACCGCAGCUACUAGUCGAAAGUCGUCCAAGACGCCGGGCGCGGCAGUUCUUGGAGCGGACGCGGGGACGCUGGGACAGCAGCAGCAGGGCGGCAACAAGCCGCGGGUGAUGAAAACCAGGAACUACACACCUGGGGCCGCUACGAGUGUCGUCGCCAACCAACCUGGCUCAGCGGUGGGGGGCGGUUCGGCUCUCGCGCCGACAACGUCGAUUCCCUACCAGUUCCAGCAGCAGCCAAUGCUCGCGGGGACACAUCAAAACAGUGGCGCGGUCGUCGGUGCUAGUAGAACUGCAGGGACCACUACUGGUGCUGGUGGUCUUGUUCCCACUUCCACACAAGCGAAUCCCUCUGUGUACCAUAGUGCCAGUAGUGCGAGUCUGUUGGCAAGACCAGCGCUCUCCUUGUCGCGGUCGCUCCAGCCGAUUCCGCAAGUGAUUCCGCAGCCACAGCAGGCCAAGACGUCCGCCUUUCAGCAGUCGCUGCUGCAGCAGGCCCAGCCGCAGGCGUACCAGACGCCGCAGACACAAGCCGCGCAGCCAAGUUCGCAAGGGGCGCACCCGCCGACGCAGCAACCGCACGCGGUGCCCGUGUUCCAGUUUGGUGCGGCUUUUCCCGGAAACCAAGCGCUCGCCGCCCACGCGGCAGCCUCGUUCCAACCGCCUUCGCGAGGGGGAAUGUUCAAAAGUCCACAACUACCGGCUGCGGUGCGGAAUGGUAAGUACAACCACGAUUAUUUACACGACGACAGAUGAACACAAUAGUUUUUGUAGCGGUAUGAAUACAAUUAGAGGAGCAGAACAUGUGAGAAUUAUGCUUUUCGCGAUCGUUUAAGUGCUAGUCCUGAACAACGAUUCGGAGAAGAAGUAAAAACCUGUAUAAAAAAUAAAAUCUCAGUUUCUGGUGGACCGCCCGCCGCCUCUUCCUCUUUGUUGCAGAAUCCCGGCCUAACUUUUUCGCCGACGAAGCUAAUGUCGCACCGCUUCCACCACUAGCAGAUCGCGGUCUACGAAUUUGAGUUCCUCUUUUGGCCAAGCGUACGACAAAAGGAAAACGAGACUCAGCCCAAUUUUAACGAGUGGUAAAAUUAUUGGGUUUCUCACCACACUGCACAUGAAUAAAGCUGGACAAAAUUAUCGAGAACAAGUUUGCUACUUACCGCAUUUGCUGCAUGAUUACCAAGUCCAACAGAAGAUGAAAAAUGGGCGAACACAUUGUACGUAUUUUUGUAGUAUGGUCAGCUACUUUACCACUUCGAACCACGUUGGCUCGCGCAAGAAAGUCUGCUCAUUAUUUUGCUGAAAUUUUGUUAUUCUACUCUGAAUUUUCAUAACCGUAGGGAGGUUUCCUUGCACAUGUGUUUUUUUGGAAAGUUGUUUUACUUGCUCAGUGCUGUCGUCGAUGCAGAUGCACGUUCCUGGAACAAAGCGCUUUGCUCAUGUCUUGUGGAAAGGCUUACUCCGUAAAUGAACUGACCCCACAACGUUUUCGUUGUACCCUCCAGGCACAGGGUGCAACAACGAGC